AUAUCCGCACCACACACUAGUCCACUACAGAACAGAACAGAGUGCCAAACCAUCAUCGCGUCCUGGGCAGCCUGCGCAACUUGACCGUGGAGCUGUGGUGCUCGCCCAAGAACGGAACCACCCGCUGAAGAGGCUCCAACGAUGGCGCUGACCCGGCUGUUCAUCUUCCUCUUCCUCGCCGCCGUCCUGGCCAGACUCGCCUCCUCCUCUGCGUCUCCCUUCAUGUCUGACAUCGUAUAUCAGGCCAGCACCGGAUCUACCGGGAGGAGCUUGCUGCAGACCAAGAAUGACUGCCCUAUAAGCUUCGAGAUCCAGAACUACACGAUCCUCACAAGCAAGUGCAAAGCGCCAUAUUACCCUCCUCUUGAAUGUUGUGACGCUUUCAAGGAAUUUGCAUGCCCAUUUGCCGUGUAUAUCAACAACCAGAGCACUAACUGUGGAGACACGAUGUUCAGCUACAUCAUCAUCCGUGGCUACCCGAAAGGCUUGUUCGCCGACGAGUGCCUAAAUGGAAAGGAAGGGGUUUCUUGCGAAGGCAUCCCAGAAAUAGGCACCGACGUGCCAAGUGGUGGGCGCCUAGUUCAAGGGGUUUCAAGUUAUUUGGUUUUGCUCUUGUGUGGACUAGGAGCAUUGUUGUUCCUUUGAGUACCAUACCUUGGACUUCUUCAAAGAUGGCGUGUUGUCAGUUUUAAGUAGUAAGGCUUGGGAUUCAUUUGCUUCUCCUUGACACUCUCUUACAUUGCUAUAAUGUGUCCAUUUGUUA